GCGCGGCGCGGCGCGGCGGGGCGGGGCGGGGCCGGGCGGAAGCGGGCGGCGCGGCCAUGGAGGCGCCCUCGGUGCCGGCAGCCUCGACGUCGGGCGCGGCGGGGCGCGGGCCCAUCAAGGGCAUCCUGAAGAAGGGCGGUGGCAAGUUGGCGGUGGGGGCAGCCGCCCCCGGGGCGCGGCGGGCCAGCCCGGCCCGCGACGAGGACGAGCACGGUAAAAAAUCCCAGAAGUGGGAUGAAAUGAACAUCAUAGCUACAUACCACCCAGCAGGCAAAGAUUAUGGCUUGAUGAAAAUAGAUGAGCCAAGUACUCCUUAUCACAGCAUGGUAGGAGAAGACGAUGAGGAUGCAGUGAGUGAUUCAGAAUCAAAUGAGCCCUUAAAAGCAGAUGUGUUGAGUAAAAAACUGGCAGCUGCAGCUGAAGGUAAAGGACCCAAGAUUUUAGCAAAGCAAGAGGAAAGCAGUGAGGAGGAGGAAGAGGAUGAAGAAUUAACACCUGAAGAACGAGAGAAAAAGAAGCAGUUUGAAAUGAAGAGAAAAAUGCACUACAAUGAAGGACGAAACAUCAAACUGGCAAGACAGCUCAUUGCAAAAGAACUACAUGGUGAAGAAGAGGAUGAUGACGAGGAUGAAGAGAUGCACGACGCUGCAGAUGUAGAAACAAUGAAUACAGAAUCUACCGAACAUGCUGCCAUCUCUCUGCACUCUGCUGUAAAACAGAGGCAACUCCGCUCCCCAGCUGCAUUCGCCAGUGGAAAGAAGGCACACCUUUGCAGCAUUUUUCCAUCUCUAUUGUUGAAGUCCAUUCCACCUUGCCUCAUAACCAGCUUCAGAGCCACAACUGACUGAGAUUUCUUGGUGACUGAAGUGAAGAUGGCCAGUCCAGUCAGUAAUGCACAUGCUACUCGUGACCAGCUGGAAAGUAGAGUACACAGUAUAGAAGAAAUUUGUCCAGAACUGUAACUGCUUGUCAAAGACACAAAUAUAAACACCGCUUCAUGAUUUUUGCAAUUAAGGCUCUUAAAUAUUGAGAAGCAUAUCAGUUACAAUGUUGUAUUGCCAAGAAUGUUAAUUUUAGACUUGUCCAUUAGACAGAAAAACCUGUCUAAUUGAUUUAUUCUUGUGCCUAGUAUUUCAUGGAGAACACUGCUUCAUAAUCUGUUCAACCAGAAUGGCAUUCCCUGUAUGCAUAAUGCUGAUUAUCUUGCGUAAUGUACUGUUACUCUUCAUGCUUCGGAACAGACAGUAUCUCUUGUUUUUUCACUAUUUAUUCAACAAUGUUCUAAGUGUGGUAUCUCCUAUGGAAAGGUUUGGGAUUCAAGAGCCAAACGGUACAGCGUAUAUCCGAUUGACAUGCAAGCUAUUUAUCAGAUGUGUUAAGCAGUUUAGAAAGGGAUUAUUUAAGUCUUACAACUUUGUUGUAAAAUGUUGACCUGUUAUAUAGAUUUCAGUAUGUUAUGACCUGUAUUUUCCCAGUUUUUACAUGAAGACCUGUAUUCUUUUUAAGAGUGGUGUUUGGAAUCAGUUGUUUAGUUUCUGACUAAGGUGAUACUAAUGCCUGGUGGAGGGAAUGUUUUUACACUGGAAAUGUGUGGACUUGAACGUUGCAUUUAACUGUCAUUAUCUCAUCCAUUGGGACUGGAUGUUUUGCGAAGCUCUCUGGCUUAUGAGAACAUGGAAAUUCCCUCCAACUUUUAAAACUACAUUGACUGUCACUCUUCUGGCUCUUGUUUCAAACUUUCGGUCCUUUCCAGUUGCACGAAGAGUGCUUGUGCUACUAGCAUCUGAGGAAAAACACCCAGCCAUGAGCAAAUACACAUCAGGACUGUGAAGAUGAGCUGAGUUUGGGUUCUGGCUGUUCUUUAUACAAGGUAAUUGUUGAUGAUCUCCUACUUAUUUGCGGUUGGUAGCCUGCAUACUGAAAACCACUGGUCUGAAUCUUCCUGUAUCCACAGCAGAUGCUUUUGUAAAAUGAAGGCUGUUUGGAAGAAUAGAAGGGAAAAUGCCUAAUUCAAAUACUUGUUUACAGUGUGGUUGUAUAGCCCCUGUAAAGAGGGAUUUGGAACCUCCAAACUGCUGUAAACAACUUCCCAUUCAGUAGAAGUUGAUUGGUGAAUGUUCCAGUAUUCAGAGUAGUUCCUGGGUUUAUCACACAAAUGAAGUAUACAGUUAAGCUUUAGCUUGGUUAUGGAAUACAGUGUGUAUCUUCAUUUUGAUCUGAAUUUGAUAUGUUGCAAAAAUCCAUAUAGAUAUAUGGAUCUAUUUUAAAAUGUCUUUUUGUCCACUGUAUAUGUGAAGUUGAAUAAAGGAAUGAAAGUUAUUUUACAGUUAUAUGCAUUCCCAAGUGUGAGCUUUCAUGAAACCCAGGGAGAUUGAGAGUGAAUAAGGCAAUAGGAUGCUGUCCUUUGACAGAUUUGUACAUGAAUAAUUCAUUAGAAUGGAUGCAUUGCCAAAGAUACCCGUGAGUUGUGCUAAUUGGGUGUUGCAGUGUGCCUUCCCCAUCUGUCUCUUCUCCUUAGUAGGUAAAAGGGUUGUUGGUUGUGGGAUAUUUACUCUUCUAAGGGCCUGAAUCAGGAUUAAUAGCAUCUUUUCACAAGAAAGAGUUGAAUUCUUGAUUCAGUCCAGAGUGGUGAUGCCAGUUUUUCAAUAUGGAGAAUUCUGUUUCUUCCUAUAUCAAACAUGGUCAUUUCUAUAGAUUAAACAGGGGCAAAGCAUUUAAAUACUUCUGAUUCCCAAAGUCACUUACUGUAGCUUUUAAAUUUGCCUCCCAAGAAUAGGAUUUCAAACCUUAAAGUUUGCUCCCUUUAUAUACCAGCUUGCAGUGUUCUGCCUGUUGGAAUGUCUGUGCUGAGCUGUAUUUCAGACUGAGCAGCUGACAGCCUGGCCUGCCCCAGCAGGGCAGUUCGGUCCUGCUGAGCGCGGCAGCACUCAGCAAAGCCCUGUUACUUUCAGACUGGGGUGUGAGCGGGCCAAGAUCUGACCAAUGUGUGUGGGUAAAGCAGGUGUCUUCUAUGAUGCUGUAAAACAGACUAUUGGUACUUUGUGAUAAGUACAGGUGGGUACUUCAUACCCACAAUUACGGUGUAAUCCAUCAGAAGCAGCUCUUACAUGAGCUAAUGACCUGCCCUCUUUGCCCCCACGCUUUCUGCGUUCAAGACCUCAUUUUCAUUUUGGUGCUCAGCAAGGGUACUUUAUACCCUACAACGCCUGCAAAGCAUUUUGUUUAACAAACAGAAAAAACUUUUGCUAACUUCCAGUUAGAGACCUUUCCUGUAAUGGCUUCCAACAUCCUGGAUGAAAUGGGUAUGCAGCUUUGAGGGAGGUACAGUAUACAUAAAUGCAUGAAGAUGGUUUUAAGUGAACCUCAGAACGUAUAGUAGGUCCCUUCAUCAGUCAGAUGAUUUUGAGCUGUUUGGGUGAUCUUCAUUUUUCUGUGCCACCAAGCCCCCAAGUUUUAGUAAGAUGCCAUUUUGGAACUUGUACUAGUUUUAGUUACGGGUUUUAUUAAAGGAUUUAUUCUCCUUCAUGCUCUUCAGUGCUAGCAAUAAUUCUGUUUGUGCUUCUUCAUCUUGCUCACCUGGAGUGCAGGCCGAUGUACCUGAUACUGCUUUUAACUGAAAGGCUGCUUUACUUUAUUUACUUCGUGUGUUUUAAUAGCUAACCCAGGCAGGUUUACUUUGCAGUAAAUACAGAUAGCUUUUUUUGCAAAAGGAUGUCUGAUUUCCUUCUAUUCUGGAUAUAUCAAUUAUGGUUCCCUGCUGAAUGGAGACAAGGGAAGAAAAGCCUUUUCUCUUUUUACAUUUGAUGGAUUGCAUGCACAUCUUAAUUUUGUGGUGCAUAUGGUAAAAUUUCAUUUGUAUAGUAAAAAGUGGGGUAAAGAGGAAACAAGACAUGCAGCCCUUACUAAUGUGGACAUUGAGCUCCACAGCAUCAUAAUUCUGAAGCUUCUUGCACAUGUUUAAGUCCUCAAGCUGCAUCCUGUUGAGAAAAAAAUAUUUUCAAUAUGCUUCCAAUAGGAAGAUCACUUGCAAAUAAGAGCCUUAACUCUGUCUUUAAAGUUCUUUUUCCUGUCCUUGAAGUUUCUUUCACACUGAGUUGUAUGCAGUUUGUGGAAACUGCAAAUAUUUUUUUUCCACAGCUUGUUCUUGUGUUAAACUUGUAUAUCUUUCCAGAACUCUGUUUCUGUAAUAUGCUUUCUGUGGUGUUUUAUUAUACCACCUCACAAAUGUAAUUAUUCUGUUUGAAACCAGUGUUAAGUGUCACAAAGUAAAUAAACCAUUGUUUUCAUUAGUGCCCUAUGGCAGUAA